GCUGCCGCUCGGCCCCGCAGCGCGGCGGCGGGUGAGCGCGGCGGCGGCGGCGGCGGCGGCGGGGAGGCGGCGGCGGCGGCGGGGGCGGCCAUGGGCUGCCUGCAGAGCGUGGCGUGCAAGGCGCGGGUGCGGCGGGAGCAGAUCGUGGUGUCCGACGUGUCCGCCACCAUCGAGCCGGCCGCCACCGCCAUCGAGGAGAGCUCGCCCGUGGUGCUGCGCUACCGCACGCCCUACUUCCGCGCCUCCGCCCGCGUCCUCAUGCCGCCCAUCGCCCGGCGCCACACCUGGGUGGUGGGCUGGAUCCAGGCCUGCAACCACAUGGAGUUCUACAACACCUACAGCGACCUCGGCGUGUCGAGCUGGGAGCUGCCCGACUUGCGAGAAGGAAGAGUAAAAGCCAUCAGCGAUUCUGAUGGGGUGAGCUACCCCUGGUACGGAAACACCACGGAAACGGUGACCCUGGUCGGCCCCACGAACAAGAUCUCCAGGUUCUCGGUGAGCAUGAAUGACAAUUUCUACCCCAGUGUGACGUGGGCUGUCCCCGUGAGCAACAGCAACGUGCCGUUGCUGACCAGGAUUAAAAGGGACCAGAGCUUUACCACGUGGCUGGUGGCCAUGAACACCACCACCAAGGAGAAGAUCAUCUUGCAGACUAUAAAGUGGAGGAUGCGAGUGGACAUUGAGGUUGAUCCCAUGCAGCUCCUGGGGCAGCGGGCACGGCUGGUGGGAAGGACUCAGCAGGAGCAGCCCCGGAUCCUGAGCAGGAUGGAGCCCAUCCCACCAAACGCACUAGUGAAACCCAACGCCAACGAUGCCCAAGUCCUCAUGUGGAGACCCAAGCGAGGCCAGCCUAUAGUCGUGAUACCUCCCAAGUAGCGCAGCACCGGGGCGUGUGCCGGCGUGUGCGAACGCACGGGGUUCCUGAGCCAAAGCAGACCUCCUGGGUUCACCUGCCUUUGUAGCUGCGCUUGGAAACACGGCUUCUCCUUAGCUGGAAAGAGAGCGCGAGCCUGGCCCGGCCGCCCAGAGGGGUUGCCGAGCUGGUGGAUUCCCCAGGAGGUGGAUUUGAGCGCUCCUGGGGCUCGCGGCUGGAAAAGAGGCUGGCUUAGCUGACCACCUCCUGCUUCCUUGCAGGGAGACGUGAGGAGCGAGAGCGCCAUCAAACCGUGCCUGUGGCGAAUGCUGCUUUCCACCCCGUUAGCCGUAGAAGAGGAGACCAUGCCUGCCGGUCGGGGCGGGGGGCUUUGUGCAGUCGCCCUUCCCCUCGGUGUCUCUACCUAUGCAUUUUGGAUCGAUAAUCAGCCCGUUGUCACGCUCGCUGGGACUUGGAAGGGCCUGGGAGCAGUGCGGGAGCUGGCGCCCGGCCGGAGCCCAGUGACAGGGGGCGUCUCUGCCCGAGAGGGGCUCUCCGCAGCGGGACGUUUUGCAUGCAUCUCGGUGUGUUUGGAGUAGUCGUGAACGUAGGAGGUGGCGUAGUUCAUUCCCAUCUUGGAGUGAGACCUAAGGGCAGGUUAGAUGUCCUUUAGUUUUAAGGUGCACUAAAUCUUUGCAGUUCCUCAACCUCCCCCUCCCCACACCCGCCAGCCCUUUUCUUUUUUUUCUUUUUUUUUUUUUUUUAAUUUUUUGCAGAAGCAAAAAUUAUUCUCAGCCAGAAGAGAAACCGCGAGCGGUGCCUGUUUACCCAGGCGAGGGAGAGCAGGCAGUUACUGACGGCGUUUGCGUGGUCGCCAAAAAAGCUUGGAGGUACUCCAGGAUUCGGGUGCUUCCACUGCAGACGGGAGCCCGUAGCAAGAAGUUGGGCGCUUGUUCAUCUCCCUGCAGACGCCUGCUUGUGUGGGGAGCCUCAGCCAUAGCCACCCGUGGAGCCGCACAGCCCAUGGGCGUGCACGGGGAGGAGGAGAGCGUGCCGCCUCGUGCUGCUGCAGGCGUCUGGCAGAUAAGGGGUUUCUUUUUACUUGCCUUUCUCCUCGCCCCCUGCCCUUUCCUCGCUGCCUGGAUCGCUGGCAUCGUUCUGGUCGGCGAGGAGAUGCUGGUGCUGCGGGCUGGACGUGCAAUUCCCUGCUUGUUUCAGCAGGGGAGCAACAUUUCCUCUCUUUCUGCUGUGCCCUGGUGGUUGCACCCUCCUGGAUGCAGCAGAGGCGGGAGCCACGACGGCUCUGCCCCUGCCCAGGGACAGCUUCAGGUGCCCUGCGUUCCCCGAGGGGCCUGGGCGGACGAAUGUGGCUUUUGCUGCUUUCCCCGCUCCCUUCGCCGCCCCGGCACGAGCCCUGCCGUCCCUCUGGCUCGCGCCCCUGCCUUCGCGUGCCGGAGGUUUUGCUGCUGCGGGGACGUGGGGUGUUCCCGCUCGGAGCUCCCAGCGGCCGUCCCGCUGCUGGGAGGGCUGGGGAAGGGUCGUCUCCUUCGCUGCUUUCGUGCAGAGUUUCUCGCGGCAUCAGGAGCGCUUCCUCGCACCUGGCUGCCCGGUGUGCACCCGCCUCGGGGCGGCGCCUUCCCGGGGCAUCGCUCCCAGGAGCACGCGCGAGUCUCUGCAAAGCUUCAGCCUCAGCUUGUGCGUUUCCAGGGUGGGACGUGCACCCCGGGCAGCUGGGGGCCGGUCCCCGCAGGCAAAGGGACUCCCCAGGCGUCUUAGACCAAAAAUCCCUGUGAAAUCCCCAGGCUAUUUAUUAUCCUCGGUAGCGUUUGCUACGGAUUCGGUUCUUUAUUUCUCUUCUGGGAGCGCUGCGUGCUGACACCUCGAGGAACACUUUCAAGUGCUGUGGGCUGCGGCCCCGCUCCUCCCGCUCGGCCUGGCGCAGGCGGAGGGGUUUGGUGGACUGGGAACCGGCGCAUUUCGGGUUAGUGAGGGCUGGGUGAAUCCUUCUGUGAGGAGAGCGUGAAGGGAAGGCAGGCUCUGAGCUCCGGUUUGCUUUGCUGUCCUGAGCAGAACCCCUGCGGGGAGAUGGUCAGCACUGGAGGGCACCCUGUUUUUGUGACAUUCGGCCGGUGUUUUUAUCCCGAUGCACAAUCAAAGGCAGUUUUAGCCAUCGCUGACGUUUCGUUUAUCAAAAGUGUGCCUGGCAAGCUGUUGGAAACUUUGGGUCCAAUUUGUGUUAAACUUUGAGGGAGGAGGCGGAGGGAAAAUACCUUUCAGUGCGAAAUAAGACCAAUGUGUAUUUUUGACCCACUGGGAUAGAAGUGAUCCUGAAAGCUCUUGCGAAACCCCUCCCCAGCGUGGCAGCCGGAUCGAAUGGUGCUGUGCUGGGGUUUUUCCCCCAGAGGCGAUGGUCACGGCAGCGGUGCCGGGACCGGGGGGGUGCUGCUGUGGGGAUGCUGCUCCCAGCGGCCGUGGCUGCCCCCCUGGGGCUGGGGUUGAGCCUGGUGAAGCGGUGCGGUGAGGGGCGGCACGAAGCUGAAGGGAAGGAAGGAGGCAGGGGAACGGCUGUGGCUCCUCGGGGUGGUCCCUGUACGGGUCUGGUCUGGAAGCCUGCACGUUUGAGCCCGGGAUCAGCCCAUUUCUCGGCCGCCCCGAGCCAUAUUUAUGAGGGCCCCGAGUGGGAUCCCCGGUGCUGGCUCCACGGGAGCAUCCCCAGAUCCCCGGGGAGCACCCGGCCUCCUGUGCUCAGCGCCACAACCACCCGUGGGCCGCCUCCUCCCUCCUUCCCUGCUCGUAGCCGGCGCCUCGUUAUCUCAGGGAGGGACCCGAGGUGCCCCUUCUCCUCCAUCCCGUGGCGUUUUCGGGGCCGUGCCCCCACGCCACUCGGGCGCUGCGGGAAGCGUCCGUCCGUCCCUCUGGCUUCAGGGCACGGCUUCGUGGUGCAAGGCAACGCCUGCGGGGCAGGCGGGCCAAGCCGAAGCCGGCGCUGCCGCCCCUCUCCUCCCCGGCGCCCGCCCGCCGGUGUGCUCGGUUCGCUUAUUUAUUUCUGUAUUUGUAUUUAUUUAUUUAUUUGAGAUUUAUUUAUUGAUUUGUAUUUAUUGACGGCUGGAACUCGGCGGGGGGGGGUCAGCAAGGGUGGCUGGGUCCCCCCACACCCCCCCUCGUGGAUUUCGGGAGCGCCGAUAGGGAGGGUUGCUCGCGGGCACCUGCUCCCAUCCUGUCCCCUUUUGGGAGGGAGGGAGAACUGGGGAAAAGGAAGGGGGAUGACACAAAUGCCUGCGGGGAGGACAUCCCGUGCCUGUCCUCCUCCUGCAGAAGCCCCCUUGUGCCCCCCCAGGCGCUGCGCUCCCUCCCGUGCCCGUCUCUAUUUAUCGGCCCGGCCUCCCGGUGUCUUUCUGUUCGGCUCGCGCUGUGUUUGAUGUUGCCAAUUUCCGGAGAUGGUGAUAAGAGCAAGGACGUGCGGGUGUCACUACGGAGAAAAGAGAAAAUCAGGUAUUCUGCUGCCGUGUGGGGAAAAUCGGAAGGAAGAGGAGACGAAAGCUGGUUUUGCAGAGUGCCUUAAACACAAAUGACUUUACCGAGUAGGGGGCUUGGACUUCUGUCUUUGGAUGUUAUCGCAAACUCGAACAAACGUUGCAUUUCACUUCUCUGGGAUUAAAAGAAAAACGUUCGAUCUGUA